AUGCAAUCACUACUACUAGAGCGCAAAUGUGGUCGAAUAUCAAAUCAUGAAUUUGUCCAAACUGUCACCGAGUCUCUCUACAGCAGUCUACGACAGGUUGAAGAUGAGGACAAGACAUUCCCUACCAAUUGCCACGGCGGUGCUGCAGUGAACAGUUUGGCCUUAGAGACAAUCGAUCAUCGAUACAUGUUCAGCGGCUGUGCAGAUUCGUCACUCAAGCUUUGGGAUCUCAAACCAGAUGAAGAUGAAGAUCCUGAUGAAUACAAGACAAUUGCACAGAUCCCGAGAAAAUCGGCCCAUCAGUUCGGAGUUUCUGCUGUAAAGUGGUGGCCUUUUGAUACUGGCCUCUUCACCACUGCAUCUUUCGACCACACGGUGAAGAUCUGGGACACCAACAAUCUCGAAGUAGCACAUACCUUCGAUUUGACCAGUCGGGUGUACUCAAUUGCAAUUAGUGCCAGUCAGCAAAAUGAACAUUCAGCUCAGGCUACUAUUGCAGUUGCUAGUGACCAGCCGUUCAUCCGACUACUAGACCUCAGGGCAGGAUCCAGUGCACAUACACUUCCAGGCCAUAAAGGCAAGACAUUGGCUGUAGAUUGGCAUCCCAACAGACCGUAUCUUCUUGCUCUGGGUGGAUACGAUGGCGAGGCUAAAGUAUGGGACAUACGAAGAAGUGACAGUUGUUUGUGUCGUUUGGACCUGACGAAAACUAACGAGAGAGACUUGCAGACUGACUGGCUCAAUCUCAAGUCUGAAGCUGUAAAGGCACAUGCUGGACCUGUCAAUGCCGUGCUUUGGGACGAAAUGGGAACUACAUUGUACACGGCUGGCAACGAUGAUAAGGUGCGUGUUUGGGACAUGAUAGCUACAAGAGCACCUCCACUCAAUAAGUUGGUGAACUACGGGCCGUUGACAAGAAACAAAUACUUGCAGUCUCUACCUUUAAUGUUGAGUCCGCAAAAUGAGACAGAGAUCCAGCACUUGUUAUUUCCAUCAGAUAACGGAGACAUCUUAGUUUUCAGAGCGGCGGAUGGGAAGCUUGUAAGCAGGCUUCAAAGAGGUUCCCAUGCCAAUGCCACGAGAACAGCAUCAAUGGUCUAUGCUGGUCCAUUUUCAGUUAAGUACUUUUGUGGUACCAUGGACGGUGAAAUCAUCGUUUGGGAAGGUGGUAAUCGGGCCGGUCGGACCAUUGAGGACGAUUCCGAGGAUGAGUAUACACAGCUAGAGGCCAAGUUGUUCAAGAACGACAAUCAAAAAGCAGAGAAAGAGAAGCUUUACGACGAUCCGUAUUUCAAGAGGCACGACCAGGACAACUGA